GCGGAGCGGACGCGCUCGGGCAGGGGCACGGGGCGAUGGCCGCGCAGCCCUGAGCGCCCGAGACCAUGAAGGGCAACGGCAGCGCGCUGCUCAACGCCUCGCAGCCGUCGCCGGGAGGCGGGGAGGGCGCGCGGCCGCGACCCUCGUGGCUGGCGUCCACGCUCGCCUGCUCCCUCAUCUUCACCAUGGUGGUGGACAUCGUGGGCAACCUGCUGGUCAUCCUGUCUGUGUAUGGGAACAAGAAGCUCAGGAACGCAGGAAAUAUGUUUGUGGUGAGCCUAGCAGUUGCAGACCUGGUGGUGGCCGUUUAUCCAUACCCCUUGGUGCUGACCUCUAUAUUUAACAAUGGAUGGAACCUGGGAUAUCUGCAUUGUCAGAUUAGUGCCUUCCUGAUGGGCUUGAGUGUCAUUUCCUCCGUAUUCAAUAUCACUGGGAUCGCUAUUAACCGCUACUGCUACAUCUGCCACAGUCUCAAGUAUGACAAGCUGUACAGUGACAAGAAUUCGCUCUGCUACGUGUUCCUGAUAUGGAUAUUGACACUUGUGGCAAUUGUGCCCAACUUGUGAAUUGGAACGCUCCAGUAUGAUCCACGGAUCUAUUCCUGUACAUUUUCACAAUCUGUGAGCUCAGCAUAUACAAUAGCUGUGGUAGUUUUCCAUCUUGUAGUCCCUAUGAUCAUAGUCAUUUUCUGUUACCUUAGAAUAUGGAUCCUGGUCCUACAGGUCAGACAGAAGGUGAAACCUGAAAACAAACCUAAACUGAAACCACAGGACUUCAGGAAUUUUGUCACCAUGUUUGUGGUUUUUGUACUUUUUGCCAUUUGCUGGGCUCCUCUGAACUUCAUUGGUCUCAUUGUAGCCUCAGACCCUGCCAGCAUGGUGCCCAGGAUCCCAGAGUGGCUCUUUGUGGCUAGUUACUAUAUGGCUUAUUUCAACAGCUGCCUCAAUGCAAUUAUAUAUGGACUACUGAACCAAAAUUUCAGAAAGGAAUACAGAAGAAUUAUAGUGUCACUAUGUACAGCCAAGAUAUUCUUUGUGGAUAGUUCUAAUGAUGUAGAAGAUAAGAUUAAAAGUAAACCUUCUCCAUUAAUAACCAAUAAUAAUCUAAUAAAGGUGGAGUCUGUUUAGAAAAAAA